CGAUGGUUGCGUAGCGUCCAGUUACGUCAGUCGACAGACCUCCUGCUUCUCCUCCCUCCUCCCUCCUCCCUCCUGCUCCUGCUCCUGCUCCUGCUCCUGCUCCUGCUCCUGCUCGUCUUUGAAGUCACUUAGGGAGCCUUGUUCUCCUUGAUCGUGCUCAGUGGCCAUGAUGCAAGAAACAGCACCGCUGCUCCGAGCGAGUCCGAGGCGAUCGCCAGCAAAGCUGGUAGCCAUCGCUUCAGCCUCUGCAUCCAUCUUGAUAGUUGCCUUGAUUGCUGCUCAUUACAGCGAGGGUCUCAAGACCUACCUCGUAUCGCAGGAUGGCACCCACGACUUGUCAUGGAUAGAAAUGCUCCCCAGAGAGAUGUUGUCAGCAGUUGAUCCCGCCAUCGACCCCUGCAACGAUUUCUACAGCUUUGCCUGCGGGAAAUGGGAUGAGAAGGCUUCGAUACCAGAUGACAAGACAUCAUGGUUGAAGAGCUGGGACGUUCCUGCCCAACGGAUCGAGAACGAGAUGAGAAAUGCAGUGGAGGCUGACUCCGGCGUUGUGGGCACCUACUAUCGCAGCUGCAUGAAUGAAGAUGCUAUCAACAAGCUGGGGAACAAGCCUCUACAGCCCUGGCUCAAGAGGAUCGACGAGGUGAAGGACAUGAAGUCUCUCACGAACCUCCUGGUCUACCUCGGCAACCACAACAACGGCGCUUUCUUUGGGUGGUCGGUGACCGCCGACAGCCAGCACCCAGAAACACGUGCGUUCUACCUUUCUCCAGGGGGGAUGACGCUGCCAGAUCAGUCGUACUACCUAUCAAAUGACGAGGAGAUGAAGGAGCACAGAGCUACGGAGAAGGAGGUCAUCGAGCAGCUGCUCAUCAACGCUGGUGUUGAGCCUGAGCAAGCCAAGAUGGAUGCUCUCAAUUGCCUGGCGUUGGAGACAAGGACCGCUGAGAACGUGAUGCCCAAGGAAGCAGCUCGCAAAGCCAAGGGCAAGAGGUUGACGAGGGAGCAGCUCAAGCUCCUCGUCCCCCUGUUUCAUUGGGACGAUUUCUUCCAAGGGAUUGGCAUGGCGGAUGUUGGCCUUGAAGGGGGACCCCAGCUCAUCAUGAGGGAUGACAAGUACUUCGAGAAGCUGGACUCUAUCUUCACCGACCCGAAUCCCAACUAUUCUCAGCUCCCUCUGAUGGUUAAGUCCAGCGAGCUGUAUCGAACAGCCGGGUUGGAGUACAAACCGUCGGAUGAGUCCUCGAUCGACGAGAAGUUUGACGAGAAUGAUGCUGCUGUUCUCAGAUCGUACUUGAAGUACACCAUCGUCUCGACUUUCGCUCCUGUCCUUCCAGCAGAGAGCUUUGCAGAGGUUCUGAAACCGCUCUUCACGGAUCUUUAUGGAAUCAAGAAUCGACCAGAGAGGUGGAAGAAGUGCUAUCACUCAACGACUGGCGCGAUGUCAGGCCACGUCUCCAAGUUGUAUGUCGAGAAGUUCUUCCCCGAAGAAAACAAAAUCGCUGCUCUCAACAUGCUGGACAAGAUCAGGCAGAGCUUCAAGGGAGAUUUGGACCAGGUAUCUUGGAUGGAUGAAGAUACUCGAGUGAAAGCUGAAGGAAAGCUGGAGCAAAUGGUCUUUGAGGUCGGCUAUCCUAGUGACUGGCCUCACUGGUGCAAGCUAGAAGGGCUGUCUGAGGAUGAAUAUUUCAACAACUACUUGAAGACCGAAGUCUGCCGGGUCGAGAAGUCGCGCCAGAAGUUGAGAGAGAAGGUGGAUCGCAGGGAGUGGCACUAUGCUGGAGCAACGGACGUGAACGCCUACUACAGUCAGAAGGUCAACGGUUUGUUCAUCCCCGCGGCAGUCAUCGACAAGCCGUUCUUCAGUGCCGAGUACGACGACGCGCGGAACUACGGCAGUCUUGGGGCCGUUCUAGGACAUGAGAUGACGCAUGGCUUCGACGACCAGGGCAGGGAGUACGACGGGCAAGGCAGACGGCACGAGUGGUGGAACAAGGGGACAGUGGACGCGUUCAAUGAGAGGGCAAGAUGUAUCAGCAAGCAGUACGGCUCCUACACGAUGAACGGGAAGCCUGUCAACGGCGAGCUGACGCUAGGAGAGGACAUCGCCGAUGCUGGUGGACUCAAGAUGGCUCACCGAGCUUGGGCGAGUUCAGGCACAUCCACGCGCUCGACCCUCGAGCAGCGCAUGUUCUUCCUUGCCUAUGCGCAAACUUGGUGUGGGGUGGAGAGGAAGGAAGCUGAGAACACUCUGCUCUUCGACGCGCAUGCCCCUCGCAAGUGGAGAGUUCUCGGCACAUUGAGCGACUCCGAGGGCUUCGCCAAGGCUUACAACUGCCCUGCUGGCUCGAUCAUGAACCGUGGAGUAGAGCGCUGCACCCUAUGGUGAUAUGCAGAGACUCUCGCUAGAGUUUGAAAUCUCUUUACCGAGUUUGUUGUGAUGAGCCGCAAGGUUGUGCCCUU